CACACUGCCGAGAUGCUCGAGAAAACGUGGGGUUGAAAAACCUUUGACUGAAUCUGUGCCAAUUCCAGAAUUAAACCGCAAAGUUUGCAUAAUACGGCGGUUACAUCGAUGUCUGCACAUAUUUACCGGACCCAUUAACCGAAUUCCGCGAGCCAGACUGUAAAUUUUAGUUUAAAUCGCGAGUUUCAUGUGCGAAAAAAUUCAUCUUCAGGGGGGUGGUGUUGGUGUGAGCGAGACGGCAGUUGGCGAACAGCGGAGCAAAACAAACCAACGUUAACCGGUGGCAAAGAAGAGGAAGAGCAGCAGGAGAUAAGCUGAAUACAAUUGAAAAAUACAUUAAUAUAAUACACAAACGAAGGCACACCCACAAACACAGUCGCCUCGUUUAAUCAAUUAACGGGACAACGGCCGAAGAAACAGUUACAGUUCGAAUUCAGACGUCGCGUGCGAAUAUUGUGUCACCCAGCAGCGGGAUAAUAAUACUAUAGCUUCUGGACAUAAAAUCAUAUUGUCAAUAUGCCCGCCGUCGAUGAACUGCAAUCGCCCUCGAGCGAAAUGGUUCUACUGACACCCAGUUCUGGAAAUCCACCUUCCAACAUAACACAAACCGUAUCCAAUCCGCCCGAGAAACCUCAAGGUCGCGAGGGAUCCGCCGAAUCGGACAGCAGUAGGGUUGUGAUUAAAAAACAGCUGGGCCUCCUUGAAGGCGUAGCCAUUAUCCUGGGAAUAAUCUUCGGAUCGGGGAUCUUUGUGUCCCCAAAGGGCGUAAUCCGUGAGGUAGAGUCAGUGGGCGCAUCGUUGGUCAUCUGGGUUCUCUGCGGACUGCUUUCUAUGAUUGGAGCAUUAUGCUACGCGGAACUUGGCACUGCCAUACCAAAAUCAGGCGGGGAUUACGCCUAUAUAUUCGAAGCGUACGGUUCCCUGCCCGCAUUCCUAUAUCUCUGGGAUGCCAUGAUGAUAUUUGUACCCACGACUAAUGCCAUUAUGGGCCUGACCUUUGCCUCCUAUGUACUGGAACCGUUUUUCGGCGGAGCCUGUAACAUUCCCAAGAUAGCCCUGCAGUUGUUGGCGGCGAUUACAAUCUGUUUCCUUACUUACCUAAACUCGUAUUACAUGAAGGUUACCACCAAGAUGCAGAACGUCAUUAUGUUCACCAAGAUCGCUGCUCUGGUGAUGAUCAUCCUCGUCGGUCUCGUAUGGAUGCUAAUGGGCAACGUGGAGAAUUUCAGCAGACCGUUCGAGAACACUGAUAGUGAUCCCGGCAAGAUGUCAGUGGCCUUUUACUCCGGCAUCUUUUCUUAUGCUGGCUGGAAUUACUUAAAUUUCAUGACUGAGGAACUCAGGGAUCCCUAUCGCAAUUUGCCGCGCGCCAUUUACAUCUCGUUGCCGCUGGUCACCGGCAUUUAUGUGCUGGCCAAUGUGGCUUAUCUGGCCGUGCUGUCACCCUCCGAAAUGAUUGCCUCCAAUGCAAUCGCUGUGACCUUCGGCGAUAAGAUUCUCGGCGCCUUUUCUUUGGUCAUACCCGUCAUGGUGGCCAUUUCUGCUUUUGGCGGUCUGUCCGUCCACAUCAUGACCUCCUCCCGCAUUUGCUUUGUGGGCGCCCGCAAUGGUCACAUGCCGGCUAUUUUGUCGCACAUCAGCGUGAAGAGCUACACCCCACUACCGUCCCUCGUUUUUCUGUGCUUUCUCUCCCUCGUGAUGCUGGUUGUGAGCGACGUGUAUGUGCUGAUCACCUACGCCAGCAUUGUGGAAUCGUUCUUUAUAAUGUUGUCGGUGUCGGCGGUUUUGUACUUCCGCUACACCCGUCCCUGCAUGGAGCGCCCAAUUAAAGUCGCUAUGUGGAUACCCGCCCUAUUUGUCAUCGUGUGCGCCUUUUUAGUCGUCGUGCCCAUUUAUGUGGCGCCCUAUGAGGUCGGCAUGGGGGUAUUAAUCACCGUAAUUGGAAUACCCUUCUACUAUGUGGGUGUCGUAUGGAAGAACAAGCCGAAAUGGGUGCAGCGCACGAUUGACUCAUUGACCUUCACUUGCCAGAAGCUUUUCAUGAGCGCCAAAGAGGAAAAGCAGGACUAAACUGCCUUCCAAAUUAACCAAAAGAAAAUACAAACUAAGCAUCACUUCGAAGACUUAUUGAAGUCACUGGCAUUUUCAACUUUAAAAAAAUUAUCUAUCAAUCUCAAAAUUUAUGUGAACGCCUAAGCAGAAAAGCUUUGACUCGAUGAACCUGAAAACUAAAAACAAAAAAUACCUUUUAAAAGCGAAAAGCAAGACCUGUACAUCACAAGGACUGGAACACGAAGUCAAUACUAUUUAAUAUAUUUAUAUUUGUAAACCAUAAAAAAAACGUUGACCGAAAGUGCAAACUCAUCGAAUAGUAGUUUAUAGUUUUCAUUUAGAGCUUAGUUUUUAUUUUGCACUGAUUUUGUAAAUUCUAAACCAAAGUAAGCCAACAUCUGUUUGCCAAAGGUGCGAUAGCCAUUUGAUAUUUGCCAUAUUACGUCGUUUUUUAAAAUCAUUUUUUGUUGAAUAUUGUUUAAAAAAUGCAGCUAAUUUAUUGUUUUCGUCCCUCAUUUUACUACCUAAGUGCAUUCAAAUUUGUAAUAAAGACUUUUGUACGUUUCAAAAA